GUCCGGCCCGUCUCUUCUCUCUCUCUCUCUCUCUCCUCCACUCUCUCUCCCUCCUUUUUCAUCCCUCCCUCUUUCACAUCAAUUGUUUGUGCUGGGGUUAUAUCAAAAUGAUUGCUGCUAGGAAUUUUGCUGCCCCCGCCCGGCAAUGCUUGCGGGCGUCUCGUGUCACCCCCAGAGUUGUCUCGCCCUUUUCGCAGCUGCGUGGUUUCGCCUCCGCUGAUGAACGGGUCGCUAAGUUCAAGGGACAGAAGGGUUCUGAUGGAAAAUACACGGUGACUCUGAUCGAGGGUGACGGUAUCGGUCCCGAGAUCUCUCAGUCUAUCAAGGACAUCUUCGACGCCGCGAAGGCCCCCGUCAAGUGGGAGCCCGUCGAUGUUACGCCGAUCCUGAAAGAUGGAAAGACCGCUAUCCCCGACGAUGCGAUCGCGAGCGUGAAGAAGAACUACGUUGCCCUGAAGGGUCCCCUUGCUACCCCCGUUGGCAAGGGCCACGUCUCUCUCAACCUGACUCUGCGUCGUACCUUCAACCUGUUCGCCAACGUCCGUCCCUGCCGCUCCGUUGCGGGCUACAAGACCCCCUACGACAACGUGGACACCGUCCUGAUCCGUGAGAACACCGAGGGUGAAUACUCCGGCAUCGAGCACGUCGUCGUCGACGGCGUUGUCCAGAGCAUCAAGCUCAUCACCCGCGAGGCCUCCGAGCGUGUGCUGCGUUUCGCCUUCCAGUACGCUCGCUCGAUCAACAAGAAGAAGGUCCGCGUCGUGCACAAGGCCACCAUCAUGAAGAUGUCCGACGGUCUCUUCCUGAACAUCGCCCGUGAAAUCUCCAAGGAGUUCCCCGACAUUGAGUUCGACGCUGAGCUGCUUGACAACUCCUGCCUGAAGAUUGUCACCGACCCCACCCCUUACAACGACAAGGUCCUUGUCAUGCCCAACCUGUACGGUGACAUUCUGUCCGACAUGUGCGCCGGCCUGAUCGGUGGUCUCGGUCUCACCCCCUCCGGCAACAUCGGUGACGAGUGCUCCAUCUUCGAGGCCGUCCACGGUUCGGCCCCCGACAUUGCUGGCAAGGCCCUCGCCAACCCCACUGCCAUGCUGCUGAGCAGCAUCAUGAUGCUUCAGCACAUGGGUCUCCACGACCACGCCGCCCGCAUCCAGAAGGCUACUUUCGAUACCCUGCAAGAAGGCAAGUACCUGACCGGUGAUCUUGGCGGCAAGGCCAAGACCCACGAAUACGCUGGGGCCAUCAUGAACCGCCUAUAAGGGAGUGUUCACUGUACUAUUUUUGUCUAUCAUCUCUUUUUUUAUUUAGCCUGUGAAUGGUUAGACCCAAUGUACUGAUCAGUCCUACGUAUUCUUAUAUGUAAUUAUUCAAAAGCCGUUUUGAU